UUCCAUGUGCUCUCUCUCUCUCUCUCUCUCUCUCUCUGCAGCUCCAAGCUUCCACUGCACCUUCCUCGCCACUUCCUCCUCCUCCUCCUCCUCUCCCCUAAUCCCCUCCAUUUCUGACCAGAACCAUUCGCGGGCCACUUCUUGUUCCUCUAACUCAUCGGGAUCAGGAAAUAUGAUGUAGAAUUUCGCUGUGACAUUGGAAUUAUUUUCUCCGUGUAAGAGAUGGUGGCGGCAGAGUCGUGGUUUCGCAGUCUCUGGAGGACUAAAAAGAAGCAUGAGGGUCCUGAGAAAGCAGUAAUUGGAGUUUUGGCCUUUGAAGUAGCAAGCUUGAUGUCCAAGCUGGUGCAGUUAUGGCAACUACUGGGUGAUAAAAAUGUGAAUAAGCUCAGAGAGGAAAUUUCAAAUUCCGUGGGUGUAAGAAAGCUUGUGUCAGACGAUGAUGAUUACAUUGUAGGUUUAAUCUGCAUUGAGUUGUUCGAGAAUAUGGUCCGUGUGGCAAAAUCUGUGGCCAGGCUUGGGACUAAUUGUACUGAUCCUAGUUUGAAGGGUUUUGAGUUUGCUAUUAGUGAUUUGAUCAAUAAUGGUGCUGACCCUUAUGGAUGGCAAUUUUCAUGGAGAAAGAUGGAGAGGAAGGCCAAAAAGAUGGAGAGGUUUAUUUCGAUAAAUGCACAUUUGUAUGAAGAGAUGGAAGUUCUUUCAGAUCUUGAACAGACGGUAAUGAGAAUGAAAGGCAGUGAUGACUUAGAUGGUGUUAAUUUGCUUGAGUUUCAAAAAAAGGUAGUGUGGAAGCGGCAGGAGGUGAAGAAUUUGAAAGAUGCCUCUCUGUGGAACAGGACUUAUGAUUAUACAGUCCUCCUUUUAGCAAGAACUCUCUUCACAAUAUUUGGUAGGAUCAAGCAUGUAUUUGGAAUUCAACAGAUGGCAGAUGGUGAAUCCAAAGAUUCUGAUCACGUUAGUCGUGGUCAAUCUGUCUCUGCAAUAUUACAGCCUUCAGUCCGACCAUCUGACAACGGUCUCCCAAGAUUUGCCUCAGGUCCCCUUGGGAAAUUUUCUUCUACAUCGGGGCCAGCGUCGAGAAAAACCAAAACCAACAAUUUUUUUUCAGGCCCUCUUGGUGGCUCAAGUACAAAAUCAGGCCCUCUUUCAGCAAAAAAGAAAGAUGUCAGCUUCUUUUCAGGUCCUCUUGUGAAGUCAACAAAAUCAGGUCCAAUUGCUGCAACAAAUAGAACCAUCAGGAAGUUGUGGAAGUCGCAUGAUCACUCAGGCAAUAAUCAUGAGAAGAAGCUACCUACAAAGCCCAAUAGGAUGACUCAAGUUGGGCCUUUUAAAGGAUGCAUGAUAACUGCAAACAAUUCACCUGUCACCAAUUGCUAUGUGAACUCGGAUGGUGUUCGUUCAGCAAUUCAUAAUGUAGCCAGAGACACUAACGGUGAAAUUUUAGCUUCUAGCAGCAAACCGCAUCCUACUCCAUCAAUCUUCGAUUCCAAGCAUAAGUUGUUGGAUGCUCCACCAGAAACACUUGGUGCUGCUGCCUUAGCACUGCACUAUGCAAAUGUUGUUAUUGUAAUUGAGAAGUUAGUAGCUUCUCCUCAUUUAAUUGGUCUUGAUGCAAGAGAUGACCUGUACAAUAUGUUGCCUGCAAGUGUAAGAGCUACACUAAGGGCAAGGCUAAAGCCAUACAGCAAGAGCUUAAAUUCAGCAGUUUAUGAUACAGAACUUGCAGGAGAGUGGAAUGAGGCAAUGGCAGGAAUUUUAGAGUGGUUGGCACCACUUGCUCAUAACAUGAUAAGAUGGCAAUCCGAGAGGAGCUUUGAACAGCAAACCUUGGUUUCCAGGACUCAUGUUCUGCUGGUACAAACCCUCUACUUUGCAAAUCAACAGAAGACAGAAGCAACAAUUACAGAGCUUCUUGUUGGUUUGAAUUACAUCUGGAGGUUUGGCAGAGAAAAUGCAAAAGCUCUGUUAGAUUGUGAUAGCAAUAGAACCUAUGAUGAAUUUUUGGAUAUGGAAGGGUAGUAGAGUUUCAGCGUGCAGAUCUCAAGACUAACCACAUUGAGCCAAUGCUCGCACCUGGCUUGUCGAUGAGAUUGCUGAAUGCUACUGGACAGAUUGAUAAUUGCAUGGUCCAGGAGAGACAAUCAGCUAAUUUCAAUAACUCUGCAUUAGCAGGCGUCCUCGGAAAUUCAAAAAGGUAUAGACCGAGCUUUCAAACAUUCUUUCUUUUGGUGGAUUUCUAGCCACCGGAAUAUGAGCCAGUCUUCUUUUUCUCUUACUAGCAUGGCAUGCCAUAGUUAAUUAAUCUGUGUACCCUGUAUAUUUCAUCAGCUAUACUUGUUUCAUUUUCAAUGGUUGUAAAUCUGUGGUAUAAAAGCUUCUCUCCAUAAUAUCAAAACGCCUCAUAUCAGUAAUAUGGUCAUGCGUUUUCUUUUGUAAGUGACUAUUGUAAUUGUGGCCUUUAGGCUGCAUUAUAACUAGCGCAUAUAAGUGUUA